GCAGGUGAUAUAGCCUGGCUUCGGCCUCUUUGCCAUUCACAUUCACAACACCCGCCGUCGUGUGGGAGGGACGGCUACUUCCUCUUUGCAUACAUAGUACUCGACGUUGUUGUUACAGUGGUAACAGCCUAUUUCCUGCUAAUCAUCUUGAACAAACUUUGAAGUAGUUACGUUCACGCUAUGUGUUAGUGGAAAGUGAGGGAGGCAGUGCGUUGACGGGUGGUGUGUGUUGAUGCUGCAGGUUGUCGGUGCCCUGCCCUAAGUAAUCAUGACGGUGGUUGCUCCUGCGCCGCGUCCCAACUCACUCCUGCCGCGAGCUCCGGCACCUUGGCGCUCCGGCGGCUGCUGCGGGCGCUAGGCUUGCCCGCAGCCGUCCAGAGCCUUCUGCAGCAGCUUGGUGGGACAUUCCACACCUAUCAUCCCUUCCGCCGCGCCAGGAACGAAGGCGAGCCUGACAACAACAUUCCCCGCAGCCCUGCGCCCUUGCUGUUGCUUACGCGCAACACGUUGGUGGGAUCUUUUGGGUUGCGCAAGUUGCGCCGACUGUUAUUGUGGGCGGGAGCAACCGCGGGCGGUGUCUCGUCUGGUGUCAACAGUAGCAGCUAGUGAGUGUGAGUCCUUAGGAGCGGCGCCCCUAACUGAUGUCUUCGCUCAACCCUUCUUUCAUCGUGCUGUCACGUGGCGCGUCACUUGCUGCCUGGACCGCCAACCCUACCUCACCACCUACGCCGCCACCUCCGCCAUCCACGGCUACUGCGUCCCCUGGGGCGGGUGGCACUGGCUGGGAUGGUCAGCGGAUGCCUGGUUUUGGGUGGACCAUACAUCACGUCUUGAGUGUCUGGGGUGUUGUAUACGAUGAUGUGACAGGGAAUGCUUUCUACCUCCUGGACACGCCCAUUGCCACUCUCGACCAGAUCCAGAGGCGCCUGACAGCCUGCGGGUCAUCAGUGCCCGAGGAGCUGGUGUGGACGGUGGUGUACCAGGUGGGCGCCGCGCUGCUCCACAUGCUGCAGGCCGGCCUCCCCUACACCCCGCUGGCCCUGGACAAUGUCUUCCUCCUCAGGGACAGAAUUGCACUCGAAAAUAUGCUCUCCAGAAAACACAGGAUGACCGGUUGCGGCUGUGAGACGUGGCGGGGAUCCUCGGGCCACCAGCGAGCCACGGCCAGUGGAUCCUCAGAACGCUGCUUCGUGCAUCACGUGGGCCAAGUGAUCUUUGCCUUGCUCACCUGUCACCUGAGGUCUCAACCUGAGGGCAGCCUGCCUCCCUGCAGUCCUGUGAACACUCUCCGCUCUCUCAAGCAUCUCUACUCUCCUAGUUUGCUGCGCCUGCUGUCCCGGACGCUGGCUGGGGGCGUGAGCAUGGCUUGGGGAGUGAUGGGCGGCGGUGGAGAGGGACGGGUUGCCGUGCGAGCUUUUCAGUGGGAAACGCAGUGGGAACAGUUGGAUCCCUGCCCAGAGGCCGAGUGGCCUUUGUCUGACUCUGAGGCCUUCUUUCUCGAGCCCUCUCCUGAGUCCCUCCCAAGUAGGGAUCCCUCCAGCAUCACAGUCAGUCACCACCAGGCAUCUAUAUCAGGGAGGGAUGAUACCACAUCUGUCGGCGUAGAGCAACAGCAGGAACACGAGGAAUUGUGGGGAUACCCACUUAAGGGUAAUGAGGGUAACUCCCCGAUGCCAGAUUUCUUGCGUGACAGCUCACCUGUCCAACUAGCACAGGUGGUAAUGAUGGCAGCAGAGCGUGUGGUGACUCUCAGGGGCGGCGGCAGCCUGGCGGAGGCGGUGCGCACCUCUCCUCACCGUCUCAUCCAGCACGUCAUGACGGCCCAGAAGAAACAUUUAAAAACCAAAUAGUCCCUUAGCUUUGGUGAGGUGGGAAGCAGCCACUGGCCGUCCCUGAACAAUAAUCCCGUCCCCUGUCCCUUGCCAGGGUUGGCCCUUCUGAAACAAUGGGUUAUGUGGGAAACCCAGGGAAGUUGUAGCCAUUGUCCUUGCAAUGAAUAGGAUAAAUAAUGAAAAUUUCGUGGCAUAACAAGUUAAUUUGAAAUUAUAUUUCAAUCAUGUAAUUUACAUGGUGGCUGAGUGAGUAACUCCGCUGGGUGUUGACAGCGAUACGCUGGCAGCCAUUAUUCCAAUCCUGAUGUCGGCGCGUGGCUAGAGGAUGGACAUCCGGCACAAACGAUACCCUUCAAAAAGUUGCACUGUCGCAGCUGCCUCCUUAACAGUCAUGUGGCUCAAAGGGCAAUAGCUCCUUGUGUUCAGACCAGAAACUACUUUUAUCAAUGAACGUUACAGGCUUUGUUAUUCUGCAACGCCCAACUCCAGGAUGGGCUGCUGACAGAGUGAUAGUCUCUUCUACACAAUUAAAAUAAUUUGAUUUUCAGUAUUUGUACAAGGCCUUCAAUGUUAAAUCCUUCCUCACCAGUGGUAAACAGCCUAGUCAAGAACACCUCUAAUGGCGAUUUAGUGGCCGUCAUUAGCGGCGCGGCGCUGCACAAGCUCAGGCACCACAAGCUGUGCUGUUCUGUGAUUUACUUCGGGGAGGAAAAUUAUGAUCCGUCCAAAGUGGGAGAAAUUUACAUGCGCUUCCCGGUGUGCUGUCUUCCCACGCUGAAGGCUUCACACUCUUCUCUGCAACGGAUACCGCCUGCUGGCAAUCUCAGAUGCGCCUGCUGAUCUUCAGUCUCAAUCUUCCACCGGGAAAAAUGUUUUGUCCAGCCAGCACACCGUAUAGUGCAGCCACCCACUGUUAGAUAUAGCAUAUGAAAGGACCAGCGGUGCCCCCAAGACCCGCUCCUGUCUCCCUUCCAGAACAAUGCUCUCCUCCCCUCAGUCCUGCCACUGCUGACCGGGGGUUCGGGAAUCACCUCAAGGUCAUAUCGAUAGCAUCUCCGAUCACCGUAUCGCUGCCCCCCACAACCACCUCCUUAGUGAUCACGGGAGGAGCCUUGUAUUUUAAGUUUAUUGUGUGUAAAAUGUAUGACCUAUUUUUUGUACUUUUAUGAAUUGUGCUUGGCAGUACUAACAUUCGGAAGAACUUUUUUUUUCUCUCUCUCUUUCUCUUCUUCCGAGAGUGGUCGAAAUAAUUAUGUUCUGUGAUUUAAGUUAAGGUCAUGAGUGUAAUAACCUGAGCUGUGGUGUCUGGACGAGUUCAGAUCUCUGCCCCCGUCGCCCGCCUCUCCUCGGUCGGGCAAACUCGGCACGUAUUUGUUUAUAUUUACGUCUGCAGAAUCUCAUUUCGCUCCUUUCCUGUAGUGAUCCUGUGUAGUCCCGCCAUCGCUGUGUGGACGCUUAGAAUCCAAAUAUCAAGUUUAGAAAUACUAUUUAUUUUUUAGAUUACGUGUGAUCUUUUUUGUAUCCAAACUUUUUUCAAGCUUUACAGAUUUUACACAUUUUAUACGUGGAAUAGAUGAUGUGAGACGCGGACAGCUACUUAUGUUCCUAUGUCAUUCACACUUCGUUAAGGGAAUUCGAAUGACUUAAUGACGGAUUAACUAUAGCUACACUACUAUCAUGCACGGUGAUUAAGUUACUGAGAUAUGUUUGUACACCUGACAAAUACUUCACUGCUGUGAGAAAUACUCGUACUCAUAAACAUACUAAUGCUUUA